AUUCAAGGCAAAACUGCCGUUUACCAUUCGGCACUCUACUCACGAAAUACCCAUUCAGCGUGUGUGAUUUCAACUUUACCCUUCUCCCUCUUUUUCAUUCUCACGUCUGAAGCAACUUCUUUUUUUCAUUCUUCCCAUUUCCUUCCAACCUCUCCCUCUUUUUCAUUCUCACGUCUGAAGCAUCUUCUUUUUUUCAUUCUUCUUCCCAUUUCCUUCCAACCUUCUCACUCUUUUUCAUGCUUCUAUCCUGACCAACCCUUUGACAAACCCUAUUGUUUAGUUUUAUUUUUCCCUUUGCUCUCGUCUCGCUUCCUGUGAAGGCUAAAGCGGCUCCUUUCUUUCAGCUACCCACGCUUUCAAGCUUCCAACUUUUCCAGAAGCUCCAAGGCUGAAACCGAGGAGAAGACGCUACAAUUACUAAUUUGGGAUUCCAUCCUCAGUUUUGGCUAAUACCCUUUCCAAGUGACACAUAGGUGCCUAACAUCAUGUCAUGGUCAAGAAUUUCAAGUAGAAUUUCUCUCUUGAAUCACUCGAAUAAUCUACGGAUUUUGUCACAGGAAUCAAGGUAAUCACCAUGUUACCAAUAUACAAAUUUGGGCCUUUUAAUUUUGCUUGUGCCAUUUGGAACUUUUACUUGAAGAACUAAGACACAGGUUUCUUCCUGAUUCUUUAUAUUCGAGUUACAAGUUCUUUAAAGCUUCUUCUGGGUGUGGCAACAAUGGUCUGAUGCCAAGAUGGGAAUUUAGCACAAAGCCUCUAACAAGGUCUUUUGAUUUCCAUCCUUAUGGUUCUCGAUGUUUAGUGAGAUUAUCUUCCUUUAGCAGUCAGCGCCACUAUGCUUCUCAUGCAUCCCAUGCUUCCACUGAGCGGAAAUCCAAAAAGACUCUUUUGUAUCUUACUGCAUUAGUGUUUGCAAUGGUGGGAAGUAGUUACGCUGCCGUCCCACUAUACCGAAGAUUCUGCCAGGCUACUGGGUAUGGUGGUACUGUCCAACGACGUGAGAGUGUUGAAGAAAAGAUUGCUCGGCAUGAAAAAGAUGGGACAGUAGCAACAAGGGAGAUAGUAGUGCAAUUCAAUGCUGAUGUGGCGGACGGAAUGCCCUGGAAAUUUGUUCCAACUCAAAGAGAGGUGAGAGUCAAGCCUGGAGAAAGUGCUCUUGCUUUUUAUACUGCUGAAAACCGAAGUUCAAAACCCAUAACUGGUGUCUCUACUUAUAACGUCACCCCUAUGAAGGCUGCUGUUUAUUUCAAUAAAAUCCAGUGCUUUUGCUUUGAGGAGCAGCGUCUUCUUCCUGGAGAGCAGAUUGACAUGCCUGUUUUCUUCUACAUAGAUCCUGAGUUUGACACAGAUGCCCGAAUGGAUGGUAUAAACAACCUGAUUUUAUCAUAUACUUUUUUCAAGGUUUCCGAAGAAUAGAAGGGGGAUAUAUAAAUUCAUAGUGAAAAUAGAAUAUCAUUCACAUGAGAAUAAAAACUAUUGGUUAGGAUCCCAUUUUCAUAUACUGGGAGAAGAGGGAGAAGAAACAUUCUUUUGUCGGAAUUAUUUUGUUAUUACAGUCUCCUUUAACCUCUUUAUGGGGGAAACAGUCUAUUUUUGUACCAGGCUCCUCCCUCUUCAUACCAAGGAAGUGCAGAACUUGUGUAAAAUCCUUGGCUGUUCUAGUAUGGAGUAAAUGCGAUGUCACUGUCCGUAUGUGUUUUAUCUA